AAUGUAACACACUAAAGUUCAGGAGCUGUUGAGCGAUUGAACUGUUUAGCUUUCAGUGAGCGGUCAGUUUCUAAAUGGACUUCCAGGAGAAGAUACCUGUGCCCACAUUUACACACGUAGACAGGGAGGUUUUCAUGCGAGAAAUAUGUCCAGAGCGCAGACCUGCCGUGCUGAAAGGUGUAAAUCUCGGGCCUUGUCUGGAGAAAUGGACGGUUGAAUAUCUCGCACAGAGAGGAGGCGACAAGGAAGUGAAGAUCCAUGUAUCUGCAGUGCCACAGAUGGACUUUCUUCACAAGAACUUUGUUUACAAGACUCUGCAGUUCAAGGAAUUUGUUAAAAGAGCAUCUGAGGAUAAACACACCGACUUUUUCCUGUGUGAGGAUGAGAGCUAUUAUCUUCGAUCCCUGGGAGAGGACGUCCGGAAGGAACCUGCUGAUCUGAGCAAACAGUUCCCUGACUUGGCAGAGGACUUUCAUAUCCCACACUUCUUUGAAGCCGAUCAGUUCUUCUCCAGUGUCUUCCGCAUCAGCUCCUGUGGUCUGCAGCUGUGGACACACUAUGAUGUCAUGGAUAACCUGCUCGCUCAGGUCACUGGGAUGAAGAGAGUGGUCCUCUACAGCCCCCAGGAUGCACUGCACCUCUACUUGUCUGGUGAUAAAUCUGAGGUUCUGGACAUUGACGUGCCAGAUUUGAAGCGGUUUCCCGAGUUUGUGAAGGCUAAGCGGUACGAGUGUGUGCUGGAACCUGGAGAUGUGCUCUUUAUACCUGCCUUGUGGUUUCAUAACACCACGGCGCUGCUGUUUGGUGUGGGUGUUAAUGUGUUCUGGCGCCAUCUACCUGCUGACAGCUAUGACAAAAAGGAUCCAUAUGGCAAUAAAGACCCAGCGGCUGCAACUCGAGCCCUUCAGGUGCUUGAGCGGGCACUGCACAUUCUGGACGAACUCCCUGCUGAUUAUAGGGACUUUUACGGGCGCCGUAUGAUUCAGCGAAUCCAAAAGCGGACAUUUUAUGCCGAUACAUCGGUCACAAAGACACAGGAGGACUCUGGUAGUACGUCACCCACCAGGCAAUUCACCAAACCAGGAUGAGUGUCUGUCGAGAAAUGUAGAUAUAUAAAAAAAUAUAUUUAUGAAGUGACAUUUUGGCUUAUGUUUAGGAAACUGUCCUGUAUAGAACUUUUUUUUUUUUCAACAAAAGACUGAAAUAACACCACAGGCAAAUAUUAAAAACAUGUCAAGACAUGAGAA